AUGUCUUCCCCUUUUAGCAGUACCUCCGAAAGCAGCCUCCGCAUGCCUUGGCUGUUUUUCUCCCCAUUCCGCAAGGUACCGGGACCGAUUCUCGCAAAGCUCACAGGGGGAUGGCUGCUGUGCGUGGAUCUUGCCGGACGGCGAGCCAUGAAAGUCCACAAGCUCCAUGAGAAGUACGGCUCCGUGGUGCAACUUGGGCCCAACGAACUCAGCUUCUCCAGUGCGGAGAGCAUUGAUAUUAUCUAUGGAACGGGGACUCGAUUCCGCAAAGCACCAAUGUAUAUGACAAUGGGUCGCCCAGGUGUCUUACACUUGUCGGAUCCAGCAGCACACAAGGAGCGACGACGGUUAUUAAACCAUGCGUUUUCAAAACAACAACUUGAUGACAUGGAGCCAGAAUUUCGAAAUUCGGUGAAAAAGAUGGUGGCCAGAAUGGAGCGGCAGGGUGGAGAAGCUUUGGAUAUGAAGCAUUGGUUUAAAAUGUACACUCUGGAUAAUGCAGGCAAAGCUUUCCUUGGGGCGACCUUUGGGGGACUGGAUUCCGACGAGUCGCCACGAUACGUAAAGGAUUUUGAUUUGUUUUUACUGGCAUGGGCAUUUAAAAGCAAUUUUCCCAUACCAGCUUGGUUUGUGCAGAAAAUACCUCAUCCUAAAAUUAAGUUCGUCUUCGAUGCGGAAGCGCGCAUCUACCAAAUGCACUCGCUGAUUCCGAUAUUGCCGUGGAAAUCAGCAAUCUUUGUUUCGCAGCGACCGAUACCACGGGGACAGCUCUGGUUUAUCUCUUUUGGGAGCUCGCGCGUAAUCCACAUCUGGCAGAGCGACUUCGUUCCGAGAUCGCCGACCUUCCAUUAG